AUGCAAGGAUCACGGAAUAUUUCUUCUAGACAUAUAGUUGCAGUUUUAUUCCAAGCAAUUGACCCCCCUAUAAUCAACGGAGUCCGCAAACCACGCAAACCAGGCGGAUAUCAGGAUUCAGGCGCGGAUAUUGCAUACACAUUACGGUCCAGGGGAAUCGAGGUCAUCACGCCCCAGUCCUCCCCUUCCAUUACUCACCAUGAGGGCUGGUGUUUCCCGGAUUCAGAAGAAGGGAUCUACUCUGCAGUAACACAAGGUGCCACACACCUAUGGGCAAAUACCAUCCUAUUCUCUUCCCAUCCUCUCCAAACGGCAUCAUGUCUGGAUAGUUAUGCUCCGACCCUACGGGUCGUAGGCCAACCACCAGGUCUGGUGGAGAAGUUCGAUGACAAGAUGUUCCUGAACGAUAAACUGCGCGCGCAAGGGAACUUUACCUUGCCUCAAUCGUGGGUAGUAAAUGUAGGAGAGGAUGUAGAUGUCCUGCUCCAGUCAAUCCCCAAUUACCCCAUCGUCGGGAAACCGGUUCGUGGUCGUGGGAGCCACGGUGUGAAAGUCUGCCACACUCCACCUGAGCUGAAAACUCACAUCGAAUCACUAUUUAAAGAAUCACCCGUGGUCCUGCUAGAGGAAUUUCUGGCUGGCGAGGAAGUUACGAUUACCGUGAUGCCUCCAUCCCUCGCCCGAGCGGAGUAUUGGAGCAUGCCUCCUGUGGUCAGAUUCAACCACGACCAAGGUAUCGCGCCUUACAAUGGCACAGUCGCUGUUACUGCCAAUUCUCGCGUUCUCACCAAGGAUGAGAUGCGGGAUCAAGCUUACGAGGAGGUGAUGCGUCAAUGUGAGGAGGUGGCAAGUCUCAUCAAGGCUACGGCUCCUAUCCGCAUUGACGCCCGGCGAUUCAAACCUGGGUCGGAGUUUGCUAUUUUCGAUGUCAACAUGAAACCUAAUAUGACUGGUCCUGGUCGACCAGGUCGUGAGGAUCAAGCUAGUCUGACUGCUAUGGCGGCAGCUGAGUAUGGGUGGGAUUAUCCUACCCUAUUGCAGAAUAUAUUGCAUGGAGCUUCGACGCUAGAGACGUUCCGUCAAUAUCGCACUCUUUUAUGA